AUGGCUACAAAAGGUGGUCGAAAUCGUAAUGGUGGUGGUGGUGGCAAUCAUUCGGAUGAUGAAGAAGAUGAUUUUCAUAAUAAAUCUCAACAACGUCCACGUUCAACAUCUCGUCAUCAUCAUCAUCAUCAUCGCAGUGAUCGUCGUCAUGUUCAACAACAAAACCAAGGGCCUCAACAACCUCAUCAUCAACAACAACAGCAACAACAACAACAACAUUCAUCAUAUGAUCCAAAUAAACGUCGAAAAUUUGGUGGUGGUGGUCUUGAAGAUGAUGAAUUAACUGAAGAUAAAUUACAAAUGGCAUUAUUUGCCUUAGGACAAAAAAGUGAUUCAACACUUGAACAAAAUCUACGAGAUUUAUGUACAACAUUAUGUAAUGAUUUAACAAAACAUAAAAAAGUUAUUCUUCAUAUACUUAAUCAAUGUAUCCAAUUAAUACCUGAACGUUUAACAAUAUAUUCAACAUUAAUUGGUUUAUUAAAUGCAUCUGUUAUAACAUUUGGUUCAGAUUUUCUUGAUACAUGUAUAAGUUCAUUGAAAGAAGCAUUAGUUUUAUAUAAAUAUGAAAUAAUUCAACGUUAUAUACGAUUUUUAUCUGAUUUAAGUAAUGUUAAACUUCUAUCAACAUCAUCAAUAUUAACAUUAUAUGAAACAUUAAUUGAAACAACAACUGAAACAAAUGUUCCACAAGUUCGAACAGAUUUUUUUGUAUAUUGUGUUUUAAUAUCAUUACCAUAUUCGGGUAAAAUACUUUCAGAAAAACAUAAUACAGAAUUAAAUCGUUUAUUAUAUACAAUUGAUAAAUAUAUUUAUAAACGUUCGAAAAUUCAUGUACCGAUUCUUCAAGUUUGGACAUCAAUUGAACCACAUCCACAAGAAGAAUAUUUAGAUUGUUUAUGGGCACAAAUCAAACGUUUAAAUCAAGAUGAAUGGGCUGAAUCACAAAUAUUUCGACCAUAUUAUACAUAUGCUGAUACAUUAUUUAGUGAUAUAUCAGCUUCGAUUGUUCAUGAUUUACCAACAAUAACAAUUCCAUUACAUAAAGAUACAAUUAUUUAUCCAUUACCAAAAAUUGUCUUUCGUAUGUUUGAUUAUACUGAUGUACCAGAACAAUAUGUCUUACCAGGUGCACAUGCUAUUGAAAGAUAUUUAGUUGAAGAUGAAAUAUCAAAUAUUAUACAUACAUAUCAUAAUGAAAGAAAAGAUUGUGCUAUACAAUUAACACAAAUUCGACCAAAAGCUAAAAUUCCAUUAAAUUAUAUGAUUAUUGAAGUUAUAUUUGGUCAUUUAUUUAUGUUACCACGUCCACCACAUGUGGAAUUAUUUUAUGGUUCACUUUUACUUGAAUUAUGUAAAUUACAACCUUCAACAUUACCACCUGUAUUAGUACAAGCUGUUGAAAUGUUAUUUGAACGUUUAAAUACAAUGAAAACAUCAUGUAUUGAACGAUUUGUUACAUGGUUUUCAUAUCAUUUAUCAAAUUUUCAAUUUACAUGGGGAUGGCAAGAUUGGAUUGAUUGUUUAGAUGAAAAUCCUGAAUCACCAAAAAUCAAAUUUAUACGUGAAACAUUUCAACGUUGUAUGAGACUUUCAUUUCAUCAACGUGUUAUUGAUUUUGUUCCUGAACAAUUCUAUAAACUUGUACCAAAUAAACCAUCACCAGUAUUUAAAUUUGAAGAAACUGAAACACCGAUAUUUGGUUCAGAAUAUGCACAAUUAUUAAAUAAAAAAAUAAAAGAACGUUCAGCAGCUGAAGAUAUUCUACGUAUAUUAAAUACUGUACCAAAUCCAACAAAAGAUGAUACAGCAGUAGUUACACCAUCAGCAUCAACAAUUAAUCCAUCAACAACUGAAUUAACUUAUAAUAUGGUACAAAUUGAUUUAUUUGUAUCAUCACUUCUCUGGAUCGGAUCAAAAUCAUUUACACAUUCAUUUGCAGCUCUAGCUAAAUAUCAUCAAUUAUUUAAAAUUCUUAUUGAAUCUGAAGAACAACAGAUUCAAGUAUUGAAAUCAAUGUAUGAAAUUUGGCCAAAUCAUCAACAGAUGAUGGUUGUUUUGGUAGAUAAAUUAGUGAAAACUCAAAUUGUUGAAUGUUCAGCAGUUGCUAAUUGGAUAUUUUCAAGUGAAUUAGGUUCUGAAUUAACAAAUUUUUAUGUUUGGGAAAUAUUAUCAUCAACUAUUGAAAAAAUGAAUCGUCAAGUUGAAAAACAUCAUAAUGAAUUAUUAGAUUUACGUAGUCAGUUAAAUAUUUCUACAACUAUUCAAUCAAUACCAAGUUCAGCUAUACCAAUUGAUAUUACUCCUGCAAGUGAACCGGUGGUCACGUCAACGGAAGAAAAAGUAUCCGAUGAAAAUAAAAUGGAUGAAAGUGAAACUCCAGUUAAUGAAGAAGAAAAGCCUAAACCAAAUAAUUUAAAACGACGACGAGAAAGUGAUGAUGAUGAAGAAGAUAAUAAUGAAGAACAAGAAUCAGCAGAGAAAUUGCAAACCAUGCAAAUAACUCAACCACCAAUGGAUGAAGCAACAGCUAAAUUACAUGAAAAAUAUGAAAUUGUUGAAGAACGUUUAGCACAUGCACGUGAACAACAAAAGAAACUUUAUUUAAUUGUAUUUCAACGUUUUAUAAUGACAUUAAGCGAUUUUUUAAAUGAAUGUGAAAGUAAAAAUGUUGAUCCUGUAUCAACACCAUGGCUUAAAUGGAUUAUUGAACGUUUACAAGAAAUUUUUCUUCUAUAUCACGAACAAGUUUUUCAAUAUGUAUCAACAUUUGAAUCAUUAAUCUUUACAUCGGAUAUUGAUUUUUGUAUUCUUGAAGUAUUUCAACAAUUCUGUGCUUUACGGGCUUAA